AUGAAAAUUAUGAGAUUUAAUGGUAGAAUGCUGACCGAUGUUUCGUUAUUUGCGCUACGUUCGUUCUUAUCUCUUCCACUCGCAAGUGUAGGAACCAUAACAACGAAUAAUUCAUCCAAUUCAUCUACGGAUUCCUCAAUGCUUGUGCCUCUCAGUUUUCUAUUAUGUAUUGAAAUUGGAUUAGGUAAUGAAUUAAGCAGUCGAGAGAAUAAAGAUAAAAUUUUAUCUCAAUUAUAUCAAUUUUUGUACAAGCGACUAAAGGAACAAGCGAAGUAUGAAGUUGCUUCAGAUAAAAAAGGCGUGAAGCCAGUUCCGUAUAAGAUUCCCGGACCAUUUGAACCAUUACCUGGAAGAUCUCAUAUUACUAACUUCUGGCCAUUAUUUCCAUUUUCAAAUCAGUAUUCAGGAGGUGUUGAUCUAGAUCCAAGUACUACAAGACAUUUUGGUGGUGAUCUCAAUGUUCCGGUACCAUCCUGGGGCAUGAUGGAUAUUAAUGGUAGAUUUUACAAUCGGAUUCAAGAUACAACUUACAAAUUUGGUUAUCAUUUAGCUCCUGUCAAUAUGCUUGGUUUGAAAAAAAAUGAUUUGGAUGACUUAAUGACGGAUCCUUUCUUGCUUGUAAAUCGAGCUAAUCAACCGCUCAUCCCAAUCGCCACAGUACCAAAAACCUUCGUUCCAAUGUCUUGCAAAGCUCCACUAUGUAAUCCAUUCACUCAAAACUUUGCUUUUGGAGUAAGUUUAUUAUUAUAUAAUUCUUAUACUUUCCUCAGUGAAAAAUCAGACUUUUUCAUCUUGUUAGCUCCAUACGAACAGGAUAUCGGAGGUUGGAAUGGAGUCGAGAGUGAUAUCGAUAUUCCAAUUCCUAUAUCCAAAUAUUUGGCAUACAAUUUUCCACUUUCGGGAAAUUUUUAUAUUCGUUUCCAUGAACCAAUGCCUGGAAGAAAUGCUUAUGAUAAUUAUUGGCCUAUAUUUCCAUUCUCGAAUCAGUUUCAGCUCGGUCUAGAUGUUGAUCCUGCGCAGUCAAGACAUGCUGGUGGUGAUAUAUACGUUCCAGUACCAACUUGGGGCAUCUGGGAUUUCUCAGGUCGCGCGUUUUACCGUAUUCAAGACUACAACGCAUUAAUUGGCUAUCACAGUUCACCAGUGAACAUGUUGGGCCUUACUAAAGAUGACUUCCUUCAACUAUUAACUGAUCAGUCGAUGCAUAUCAAUCAAAAUAACCAACCUCUCAUCCCCGUAGCAAAUUUGCCACGUUCGUUUGUGCCAAUGUCAUGUCGCCCACCGAUGUGCAAUCCUUACACGCAGAAUUUCGGACUUGGUAUUGUAUAUGACUGGGGAUUUGGAAAUGGUCUAGAUGGCGAACUCGAUCUUCCAGUACCAAUAUCGAAAAAUUUAGCAUAUCGUUUACCAGUUUCUGGAAAUAUAUAUUAUCAUCCGGAUAAUCUAACUAUUACUUAUGGACAUAACUUGGCACCCAUUGAUCCUUUUCAAACACUAUUUGAGUUUGAAAAGACGGCUCCAAAUGAUUACUUAGUUGAUAAUCGUGGUACGCAAAACGUAAGGUCUAAGCGUGACUUAUUAAAAUUGGUAAGUUUUCGUUCUACGUUUUUGUUACAGUAUAUUUUACAAAGAAACUUUCAAUUAAUUGCAGUCAGCGAGUUCUACGUUUUUGUUACAUAUAUAUCAUCCCGAAAAAUGAAAUACAAAUUUGCGGAAAUUUUGAAAUCACUUGAAAUAUCUUGGUCACACUUUCCUCUGAAUUCCCGCAAACUUUCCUUCCGUAUGCCACGCCGAAAACAGCUCAAAAUUGAGGAUAACAUGGAGGCAGUUAUUUUUGGCUUGAAAUUAUCUACAGCGAGCUAUUAUCAAUUAUUACUUGCUAAAUUUUAUAUGUUACACGCCAAUUCCCUUGUUGAAGGAUCUACUUUUUGUAAAAAGCUUAUAAAGUUGAAAAUUUUGAAUAGAGUACAAGCAAUAACAAGUUGA